UUUCUUGGCCUCUGAAUGUCUCCCCCUUCCGACGCCUCCGUGUCUCUGCGCUCGUUCAUCUCCCCGCUAGCCGGUCCAGUGGAGGGGCGGAUGUUUGAGGGGAGUGAUUCAGAAAGUGACAGGAAGCCAGCAGCCUGCCUGCCAUCCUUCUGUGUUGGUGACAACAGAGAGAGCAGAGAACCGGAGCGAUGGGCCUCCCGGAGUGAAGGCAGCUGGCAGGCUCCUAGGCAGAAGACUCCCAGAGACAUGGACCAUGCUGAGCUGCUUGGGGCUGGAGCCACCCUUCUGCUACUCGGGGCUGUGGCGGGCAUGUGCGUGUGGUGCCCCCGCUUAGGUAUGAGAAGGUCCAAGCAGAUCUUCUAUGAGCAGAGGGAUGAAGGACGACAAAGUUUUGCGGUUGCCCGGGCCUUUUCUAUAGCAGGCAUGGGCCCAGAGCCGGCUGAAUAUUCCACCAUUCAAUGCCCUGACACGAGGAAGGACAAAUGGCUGUACUCCAUGGCUGGAGCAGAAGAUCCUGACACCCCCAGGUAUCAGAACCUCAGGAAAGGAAGCAGAAGAGAAUCCGAACCAGCCUACGUAGAUCCCAUUGCAACAGAUUAUUACAACUUUGUGCAGUUCCCGAGGCAAGUGAAAGACGACGACGAUGAUACGAUUUCCUACGAGAAUAUUCUGAUCUGCCCACCCGUGGACGAAGGUGAAGACAAAGCUGCGGAAGAGUCUGCGGAUUAUCAGAACUCGGCAUCCAUCGAGCAGUGGAGACAGUCGAUAAAGGGAGAAAGAAGCCCAGAGGAUGACUCCAGUGAGCCGGAUUAUGUGAAUGGAGAAGUGGGCCUCAUGCAGUGAGAAGGGAGCCAGGCUGAGGAGCAGAAGGAAGCCGGGGCCUGCCCACCCACCCUGGGAAGACCGGCCCUACUGAUUCCAUCCAAGUCACCUCCCAGAGGAAGGAUCUGCCUCCAAACCUGGCCCACAGGCCACCCCCCUUCCCCUCCCUCUUCCUGGAGUGACUCCAGCUGGUCCAAGUGCAACCCAACACUUGGCCCCUGAGAUUGGCGUAUGGCAGCACUAAGACACUUGGCUUCUGGUGUGGAAAGAACCCAGGGCCCAACUGUCCAGGAAAUUUGACCUUGACGGGUUAGGAAAGCUCCUUCAGGUGAAGGAAGGACCAUGAGAUUCCUGGUAUCUCCUCCAUCUAGGGCCAAAGGACUCCUCUCUCAUUGUCCACAGUUCUGUCUUGCUUGCUACCUGUCAGAAAGCUCUAUUCACAGCGUGGUAUAGUGGAAGGAGCCAAAGGGCCUGGGUUCAAAUCCCACCCCUGUUGCUUACUUACCUGUGUGCCUUUGGGCAGGUGUCUUACACUCACUGGGCCUCAAGUUUCUCUUCUGUAAAAUGGGGGGUUGGACUGAAUGGCCCCUGAGAUCCUUUCUAGCUCUGAAUAUGAUUCGAUGAUAAACGUGAAGGCAGGUACCAAGACCCUUCUUCAGUCCUUUGGAUCUGUGUCCUGAGGGCGGAGCUCCUGGAUGUUGUCAUUGACGGAGGCGGGUCUGUAUUUUCUAUUGUAAUGACCUGGAGCUUUACCUCUCAUAAAGCAUUACCUUCACACACUCUCUAAUAUAUUUACUAUGAUCAGAGUACUGGUAUGGUGACUCACUUCCUACCCGCAUGACUUCUCGCAAUCAGUAAACAUUUAUUGAAGUCAUCCCGAGUGCCAGGUGCUGUGCCAGGCCCUGGGGCACCAUGGUCACUUGGCGGGGCAGGUGGUCACUGACCGUCAGAGACCCUCCACUUCUGAGGUCCAGGGAGAAGGCUGGCACCAGAGCCCAGGCCUUCGGACUGCUGGUCAGCUGCACUUUCCAUCACUCCCUCCACAGACCCUUUGGGCACUGGACAAAAUCCCUUGAGCCCAUGCUGAGGAGUCCUCCAGCCUGGGGACUGGACAUAGUCCCUGUCACUUCUGGAGGAAUGGAGAAAUGCAACUUGAAAAGGCGUCCUUUGCCUCUCCUUUUGUUUGGCAGGAGGGAGUCAGGGGGCCCCCAAAGCAAGUGGGGCUGUGGUGGAGAAGCCCCUUCUUUCAGGCUGGACUUGGAGUGAGGUGACGCUUACCCAGCAGAAACGGUCAGCCAAACCUGCGGGUCACUGGACAAAUCACGAGAGCAUAAAGCUAGAGUUGGCAGGGACCUUCUUAAAGGAGGCACACAGGCCAAUCCACUCAUUUUACAGAAGGGGAAACUGAGGCCCAGUGGGAAGGGUUUGAAUUGGAAAAGCCGCAACUAGGGACAAAAGAUGGUAUGCUUUCGUGUCCCCUCUCCCCCAACUACACUCUCACAAUAAAUGGUUUGGGUGUUAAGCACUAA